CAUUGCACUAUGGAUUGCUAAAAUGUCGUGUUCUGUUUUGGUUUCAUCUCGAAAUAAAGGAAAUCAAUUUUCAUAAUAAAUCCAUGAUUUUAGAAUUAUACAUUAAGUGCAUUACAUAUGAAAAUUGGGACAGUUUUUCUGUUAAUAAGCAGCCAUGAACACAACAGCACCAACUUCGGCAGAUGCCUGCCUUAGUAUAGUGCACUCCCUGAUGUGCCACAGGCAAGGGGGUGAGAGUGAAGGCUUCUCAAAGAGAGCAAUUGAGUCACUAGUCAAGAAGUUGAAGGAAAAGCGAGAUGAACUGGAUUCUUUGAUCACAGCUAUCACAACAAAUGGUGCUCAUCCAAGCAAAUGUGUUACAAUACAACGCACAUUAGAUGGUCGUUUACAGGUAGCAGGACGAAAAGGUUUCCCACAUGUGAUCUACGCUCGAAUAUGGCGCUGGCCAGAUCUACAUAAAAAUGAGUUGAAACAUGUCAAGUUCUGCCAGUUUGCCUUUGACCUGAAGUGUGACUCGGUUUGCGUCAACCCUUAUCACUACGAGAGAGUUGUGUCUCCAGGUAUUGAUCUUUCCGGGCUCACACUACAGUCGGGGCCUAGCAGAUUAGUCAAAGAUGAGUAUACGGCAGGCCUCAGUGGAAACGGCAUGGAUAUGGACACAGGCGAGCUCGUUACCAUACAGCACCAUGCUACCAGCCCAAGGCAUCACCACUCCAACAUUCAACACCAUCAUCAGCAAUUCCAAACGACAAAUAUCAUUAUAAAUCAAGGGCAAACGCCAGAUGGCGUUGCGAAUAUGUUUUCCGCACACGGACCACGGCCGAUCCGACCGGGAGCGCCUUUGGUGCCGUCGCAAAUGGUGCACUCGCCUGGCGCGAUGAUAAACCAUCAAACGAACCAGAUGCCGGGCACACCGCAAAUGGGGCCAGGCACACCGCAAAUGGGACCGGGGACACCGCAGAUGGGUCCCGGAACACCACAAAUGGGCCCGGGGACACCGCAGAUGGGGCCGGGGACACCGCAAAUGGGGCCAGGGCCACCUCAAAUGGGGCAGGGAACUCCGCAGAUGGGGACGAACGUGCCACAGAUGGCGUCGCCUAGAAUGGCCUCAGCUCCUACACAGAUGUCUCCUGGAACGCCUCAGAUGCCGAACAUAAGCCAGGGCAUGUCGAUACCGAGUCCUCAACAAAUGGCGAUGGCACAGCAGAGAGCUAUAUUAGCGCCGAAAUUAGAACCGCCUGAUACUAUGGACGCGCGUGCGAUGUGGCUGCCCAAAAGAAUGAACCAUUCUGCCAUGCCAGUCAGUAUGUCACCCGGUGCAACAACGCCGUUGCUUGACGGAUCGAACAACACUUUCUUUACCUCCGAGCAGACCACAGCUGACACACAAAUGACUCAAACUUUACCAGCGGGAUCAGUAGCUGUAUCAGCGGUGUCAGCGUCGCCAGUGACCGCAGUAGCGGCAAUGCCUACUGAGCCUCAGCAGAACGGCUUCCCCGCUGUUAGUCCUGCCCCACAGCAGAGUCCAUUACCGCAUCGCACUCAGCAUCAGCAGGGUACAUGGACGGGUAACAACACAUUAACAUACACGCAGAGUCUGGCGCCCCCACCAGCGGCCCCGCCCGUACCCGUAGAUGCGCCCGCGCAUCAUCAUCAUUAUUAUAAUGGCAAUCCCGGUGGGUUACUAUCAAGUCAACCCGCCCCUGAAUACUGGUGUUCCGUGGCGUACUUCGAGCUGGACACUCAAGUGGGCGAAACCUUCAAAGUUCCCUCCAGUAGGCCCAAUGUUACUGUUGACGGCUACGUUGAUCCCUCUGGAGGAAACCGAUUUUGUUUAGGAGCUCUAAGUAAUGUCCAUAGGACAGAACAGAGUGAGAGAGCUAGGCUUCACAUUGGCAAAGGCGUCCAGUUAGAUCUACGCGGCGAGGGCGAUGUUUGGCUCCGAUGCCUUUCGGAUCACUCAGUGUUCGUGCAGUCUUAUUACCUCGACCGGGAGGCAGGCAGAGCUCCAGGGGACGCUGUGCACAAGAUAUAUCCUUCUGCUUGCAUUAAGGUGUUCGACCUGCGACAGUGUCACCGUCAAAUGCAAACACAGGCGCGCACCGCUCAAGCCGCCGCCGCCGCACAAGCCGCCGCCGUCGCAGGCCACAUACAACCCGCACAUCCCGGCAUGAACAAAUGUCUAUCAGCCGCGGCCGGUAUCGGCGUGGAUGACCUACGACGGCUCUGCAUUGUGCGUUUGUCCUUCGUGAAGGGCUGGGGCCCGGACUACCCUCGCACUUCCAUCAAAGAGACACCCUGCUGGGUCGAAGUACAUUUGCACAGAGCGCUGCAACUUCUCGACGAGGUAUUGCACACGAUGCCGAUCGACGGUCCGCGGACAAGCAUCGAGUAGGAGUUGAUCGGCUUCUUUUGAGGCCUUCGAGCUAGCAUCGCCCACCUGGCGAAUGCUUUCGUUGUACACUACUCAAAACAAUCUCCAUCCUUUUCCUUCCUCCCAUUUGUCAAUCUUUCGUCCUUGUUUGUUCGUUUUAAGUUCGUUGUUUUUUAACGUCGAAAUUGUGUCGAAUUAAGAUCUCAAAAGAAUAUUAGCUUUGAUAUGACAUUUAAAUCACAAUAACGCGUUUUUUUUGUUACGUUAAAUUUUUUUGUUAUGUUAAUAAAUUUUUCGCCUUACAUGAGAACUGUCAAAUUUAUCGUUCCAAUUCGUAGUUGCAGUUUUGUUUCGGUUUGGAUGAUAUAGUCAAUUAUUGACACUUAAAUUAGGUUGUUGUAUUGCAUACAGUUUUUGCUUUAUUAUAUUUCUCUGAUAGAAUUCUACAAGAAAUCCAACAGAAUACUGUAAGCAAUCUACAACUUUGUACUUGAACAAAAUUGUACUUCUUUUAACUUGAAUUUAUUAAAAACAAGGAAUUACAUGCCUUCACAGUCCCACCACCCAUUUCAGUAAUUUAAUCAGCUCUAUUAAAAAAACAGGUCAUUGAUUAAAAAGAUACAUUUUUGAUGAUAUUAUUAGACAAUGGACUGUAGAUUUUACAAACUUAAAAUUCAUAUCAUAAUUUUAUCAAUAAUUUUUGCCUGUAUUUAUAAUGUUGUUUUUGUCCUCCAUUUUAAGUUAACCCAUAUGUUCAUUUCUCCUGAAUACCCUUCUCUUUCUAUACACAUUGUCUAUGGAAGAAUAAAUGGAUUUCUAUGUAGUGACGUAAUAAGAAAUUAGUGCUAUAAUCUUACAUGGUGAGACAUUACGGUAUCGUCAUAAUAUUAUAAUUGAGUGGAGUGGUAAAACAUAUUAUUAAGGUCAUUACCGACGGGUACUUUGACUGUUUACCAUUUAAAUACUGUGUCACUUAACAAUAUAUACAGUCGUGCCAGAGUAGUUGUAGAAUUAAAGUUGUAACAUUAGUACAAAUCAUAAUAGAUAUUGUAAAAUGGGUUUGCAGCUUUCAUCAAACUAUUGAUGACGAAGUGUGUAAUAUAGUGCUGACUUUGCACUAUAAAAAGACAAUGUUAGCGGCUAUAAGACGAUAUUGGUGACCUUGAGUUUGGUGAGAUUAAAACUAAUAAUAAUUACCGGUAGAAUCUAGAUAUUCGUAUUUGAGUUUACGAACGCGGAAUAUCUAAGGUAUCUGUAUCUUUCAGUCAAUCCAUGAAUUCACCCAUCACAUCAACGGGUCAAGGUCAUAGGUAGAUUUUCUAAAGGAUUAUAUAUUGAGUGUUAGUUUUUCGUUUAUAGUAAACAAAGAUACCGUAACGUCGCACCAAUCAAUGUUUUUUAUUAUCCUUGAGUGGUGACGCGAUCUCUGAACCAGGUGAAAUGUGCAAGUUUGUUUAGUGAAGUGCUAUUGGAUUGUGAAGUGUUGUAAAGUACAAAGAUGGACUAUUAUAUGAUUUGGCAACACCUUAUUUCAAGAUUACGGUAUUAUUAAAUAAUUAGAUGCCGAUAAACUGUAUGAAAAGUGUGCCAUAAAACGUUGAGAUUAUAAGAAAGUAUCUACUAACAAUUUGGGUAUAGGGUUAUAUGGUUGACACCUUAUAUGGUGUCAACCAUAUAAGGUGUCAAAUUAUGUUUUCCUCAGUAUAUGUUGAAUGAAAUUUUUCGUCCCACGCAUAUAAUGCAUGAUUGAGCUUUGUAUCGGAUUAUUCCAAAAAUAUUGCAAGCACAUUUCAUACAUUUUAUCGAUACAUAUCCGGAUCGGAUGCAAUCGAUUUAAAAAAAAUUGUUACUUAUUUUUUACGAGUAAAUUUAACAAAAUGAUUUCGAUAAAUUUCGUCUUCCAAAUUUCUUUUAGUUUGUCUUCCGUUGACUAAAUUGUUAUUUAUGCUUGUAAAGUGUCUCUUAAUGUUGAUACCAUCUUUGCUAUCAUGUCUUUGUGCAUAAAACGUGAACAAAAAAGUUUAAUUAUUUUUUAAUUAUGCGUAUAUGUUGAUACGUAUGCACGUAUGAACUGCACGCUUUAAACUUUAAAGAGUUGAAUAGUACUUCUAUUUCAGUGAUACGAUUACAUAAAGGAAAUAAUAUUGACUAGUUAUUGUUCAAUUUAGGAUUUUUGUACAACUGAAAUUGUAUCGUUAUAAUAUUUCACGAAGCGACGGGUGCUUUGCUCGUUGGAAUCCAAUGAUUUAAUGUGUGUGAAAGCGCGGGAGUUCUCAAUCCUAAACACGGGUGUAUUGGUCGCUACGUACUUACGUACUACGCACACACUCGUAGCAUGCUCGUACAAAAGGUACCUAAAAACAAAAACGCGUGUCGCUUCGUGAGAUAAAAUACUAUUGUACGAAUGUGAACAAAAGGGUAUCAACAUUAAUAGACCCAUUUAGAAAAGAUAUUUUUGCAUAGCUUAGGUAUGUUAAGGCUAUAAAAAGGGAAUGGAAACAAACUGCACAUUGUAAUAAAAGGCGCGUACGCUCGCGUUUAUAAAAAAAGGUGAACUAAUAAUUUAUGUCUUGUAUUGUCUAUUUUUAAUAUUUAGAUCAGUAAUAAUAUUCAUAAUAUAAUAGUUAUAUACCAGUAUUGAGAUGGAACAAAGUAAAUAUUAAAGAGAUCUCAGUAUGAAUAUUUUUCACAAAUAUGCUUAGGUCGCGUCCGGAGUUUCGAUCAUAUUGCAUAAACAAUGCAUCGUUAGUGCUGUUGGCGUUACGGAUUAAAAAAAGAUUGACUAGCGGCCAUAGUGAACCAAUGCCGGUGAUUGUUUAGCCCUAUGGACUGUUCACCAACCCGCACUGGGCCAGCAUGGUGGACUACGGCCUAAACCCUUCUCAUUGCGGGAAGAGAUCCGCGCCCUGUAGAGUACCGUUAAUUGGUUGAUAUGAUAGUAAUGAUGAUAGGACAGUCGACUCAAUUUUUAAAUAAUCUUCUUCCUACCGCUUAGAUUUCAAACAGUUUUCUUUAUGAGGGGAAUCCCAAUUUUCCCAGAAAUAGAUAGGAGGUUAAAGUAGCAAAACGAUUUUUUUCUAUCAAUAUCGUAUAUUGAUGAAUGCGGUAGGUAGCGAUAUUUUUUCACUUCACCCCAACUCAUCAUUUGGGUAGGCAAUUCAAUUGUUUACUAGUUCUGCUUCCCUUGACAGUCAGUUUUAAUACUGUUUUCACAGUAUGGUUUCAUUUUUAAUAUAGUUUUCUUAUGCAAUUAAAUAGCAUACAAAAUUAAAACAUUGAACUUCAACUCAAAUGCAUACCUGUAGGGAACGAUUUCUAUGUAUAUAUAAAACAUACAUGUUAUAUGUAUGUUUUAUUUAUUGAAUAACAGAAAUUAUUAGGUUAACUUACUUGAUUUGAUGAAAAAGUUACUAUACACUGUAAUAAAUAAAUAUAAAAAUUUGAAUGACACUAAUAGUUAAUACUAAAAUAGCGGAUACGCUAUUAAAUCUCUGUAAAAAAACUAUAAAUUAUCUAUAAAGACAAUCCAGUCAGCCAGCCCGGACGCGACUCAAACGAGUUAUUUAAAUAUACUAAGUAAGAUAUUAGUUAUAUAAAACAUAAUAUACAUACAUAUAUUAUACACUCUGAGGGCAAUACUAUUUGCUCAAAAGUUUAAGACAUUUGUCGAGUUGUUCCUUUGUUAAGAUAUAUACGGAUAACUAAGCCGUUUUCACACGGAAAAAAACCAUGAUUUAUUACUGACUAUCAGCCAGUUUGUCAAAACCUGAACUUUCAUCAUCGAUUAAAAAAUUAUAGUUUAACCCUGACUGAAAUUUACACUAAGAUUUACAAAAAAAAAAAUCAAGGGCCACAUUCGUCUGGGACAUAUUUUUAUUUUUUUAAAGUAUGUCCCGGACAAAUUUGUUAAAAGGUACCUAAAGAUACAUGGUAAAAAGUAACUUGAAUACAAAAUACUAACAUGCUGACUGUCUUCAGUGUGAAAACAGCCUUAUAAUAACAGCGAUACCAAAUUAAGCCAUUUUUUAAAUAAUUUAGAUUAUAUUAUAGCAAGACAUAAUUAUAGUUCAACUUGAAAGAAGCCAAAUAGGAAUUAGCUUUCGGUACUGUAAGCUAAGUUAUGAAAUUAAGUUAAGAUACCUAAUUGCAGUAAUUUAUGAUAGAGGUAAAGUUUAUUUUUAAGGGAACGUUAUGAGAUGUUGGAAGGUUGUAUUUUGUUAGCUGGAUGUGCCUGGACAGUGGGGUUGCGUGAAUUUAUAAACAUAGACUGCGUUAUUGAAGCUGUGAUUCUGUGAAGUUGAUUAUCUACUUAACAGAAUGCUAUGUAAUACUUCUUACUUUACGUAUUGUUAACGUGCAGAAUACGAAAUAUUGUAUUUUUAGAAUUAAAAAACAAUAAUUAACCAGGUAACCUAAAUAAAUCUGGACAUGAAUAUUUCUUUGAAUAAUUUUAUGAAAUAUU